GCUGGGGAGGCAGAGCGGAGACAGAGACGAACAAUGCCGUGCCAGGGAAACAAAGACUGAGUCCGUGUUGUAGCGAGAGGUUUAAAAAGCACUACACGCAGUUUAAUCCCUUUGGCCAGAGUUGCUGACAUGGGACAACCCUUUAAAAAUGGUUUCUGUUCGGCCUCGUGGCGUAGGAGCACCCCCGUGUCUUUUUCAGUUACUACGCGAAUAACGGUGCGCGUUUCAAACUGGCCGGUUUUCACUCGCAGACAGCUCCGGGAUCGCGGUCGACUGCAGCUCUGAACUGACGGAAAAAUCGGCUAAGAAAAAAACAACGAAAAAAACGGCAAAAGAAGAGCAAAAGAAGAAUUCAAGGAAGACUUCAGAGAAGCACGACAAUAGUUUGCGGCCUACGCAAACACACGCGCGUGUGGACACGUCAUGAACGAAAGCGAUCGCGAGCUGUCUGCAAUGGUGCAGGAGCUCUGGGACAACGACGUGAAUCGGCUGAAGCCGGGGAAGGACUACCGGAUCUCUCUGCAGGGCAAAGCCGGGGACGCCAUGUCCGUCAACGACGGCAGCGACAGGGCCGGCUCGCCGCUCUUCACGUUCGUGGACGAAAACAUUUUCAAAAAGGAGACCUUCUUGGCCUUCAUAUCCCUCCUCGAUAACUACGAGAGCGACACCGGGGAGCCAGAGGUCGUGACCCCAGAGGAAAUAGCAGAAAACCACAAAUUCCUGGACUCCAUCGUACAGACGGCUACCAUGAAGAUUGCCCACAAGUACCUGGUAGAGAAGAAACUUUCCCCCAAUGACACUAAGGACUUCAAGGAACAGCUGUAUCGCAUCUGGUUUGAGCUUUACACCAGGAGAGGGUCCAGCAGGCCAGACUCCUCGGGGUUCGAACACGUCUUCGUCGGGGAGACGCGAGGGGGCCGGACCGUCAUCGGCUUCCACAACUGGAUCCAGCUGUACCUGCAGGAGAAGCUGGGGCACAUCGACUACAAGGGCUACAGCGUGACCGCAAACUCUCCACAACCUGAUGAGGGGAAACACAUCCUGGCUCUGCAGUUCAGCUGGAAGAAUGGAAUCAAACCGAAAGGCAGCAUCUUCAUCGGAGUCAGCCCGGAGUUCGAGUUUGCCCUCUACACCCUGUGCUUUCUCACCUCCCCCAACGAGCGUGUCAAAGUCUCCUUCAGCCUCUACGAGGUGGAGAUCGUUUGCCACCACUACAACCAGAAGCACAUAGGCACCACCUACCCCGUCCUGGUGAAAUACCAGACCAACUGAGCGGACACGGCCUUCACGGCAAACUCGCAGCCAUGCGUCGAAAAAAAGCACUGUUUUUGUCUUUUUAUUUUCCAAUAAAAACACAAUAAACCUUACAAGUCAGACUGUGUAAACA